AUGAUGAGCGUUACCUAAAGGACAUGUAUCGUGAUUCGUCUUUCCGUGAUCACCAUCAUGCUCCCCGUCAAAGAAAUACAAGAACGAUCUGACCGUCACCCGAAGCCUUCAGAUAUCAAGUUUCAGUAUGGGACUGCAGGUUUCAGAACGCUGGGAAAGACCCUCGAUUCAGUACUAUUCAGGGUGGGUGUUCUCGCAGCCCUUCGAAGCAAGAAACUGGAUGGAAAGACUAUCGGUGUAAUGGUGACUGCCUCACACAACCCGGAGCCUGACAACGGGGUUAAACUCGUUGACCCACACGGCGAAAUGCUUGAGUCAUCAUGGGAGGCACACGCCACUGCACUUGCAAACGCGCAUAACAGUGUUGCUUUCAUUGCUGCGGUCGACGAACUGGUGAAGGCAACCAAAAUAGACCUCUCGAUACCCGCUCGUGUGGUGUAUGCCAGAGACACGCGCCCGACAGGUCCGCAACUUGUUGCUGCCCUUAAGGAUGGGUUAGAAGCGAUCAAGGCAGACUAUAGGGAUGCUGGUGUUACUACAACGCCGGUUCUCCACUACUUGGUGAGGACAAUCAACACCAAGGGCACUAAAGAUUCGUACGGCGAGGAUACCGAGGAAGGUUAUCUUACGAAAAUGAGUGAUGCCUUCAAAAAACUGCUUGCUGGAAAACCAACCCCGCCGCCGUUACUCAUCGAUUGUGCGAAUGGCGUCGGUGCCUUGAUGGCUGAAAGAUUCAAAGCGUAUCUCGGGGACAUCUUCGACAUCAAUCUCGUGAACGCCGACCUGCAUACCCCUGGCGCACUGAACAACUCCUGCGGCGCGGACUUCGUCAAAGUCAACCAGAAGCUACCUCCUUCCAUCACUCUGCAGCCAGGACAGCGCGCUUGCAGUUUAGAUGGAGAUGCCGAUCGCCUCAUAUACUAUUACGCAGAUGAACGCGGUCAGUUUCAUAUGCUUGACGGAGACAAGAUCACGGCACUUGUUGCGAGUUAUAUCGUUGAGCUGGUGAAGGCCUCGGGUUUGGACAAGCAGAUCAAAGUCGGCGUCAUCCAAACGGCAUAUGCGAAUGGAAGCUCGACAAAAUACCUUUCUGAGAGACUUCCUGUCAAGUGUGUUCCCACGGGCGUGAAACACCUGCACCACGCUGCAGAACAGUACGAUGUUGGGGUCUAUUUCGAAGCCAAUGGGCACGGCACGGUUUUAUUCUCGCCUGCUGCUCAGGAAUUGAUUUCCAGUCACAUACCUUCCACAGCGCUCACAAACUUGAGGAACGUCAUCGAUGUGAUUAACCAAACAGUUGGCGAUGCUCUCUCAGACGCAUUCCUGGUGGAAGCAGUUCUAGCACACAAGUCUUUUAGCGGUAUGGAGUGGGACUCCCUGUACUGUGACCUCCCGAACCGUCUUGUGAAAGUCGUCGUAAGUGAUCGGAAUGCGUUCAAGACGGAGGAUGCGGAGAGACGCCUUGUUAGCCCUCCCGGACUGCAGGCCAGGGUCGACGAGCUUGUGCGUAAGUACGAGGGGGGUCGCUCGUUUGUGAGACCGAGUGGUACGGAGGAUGUAGUCAGGGUUUAUGCUGAAGCUGCAACACGCGUCGAGGCUGAUGGUGACACUGAUUCCUCUUACUUGUUGAUGAUACACUCAUUGUCUUUGUCUCGCUUAGAACUCGCAUUUCGUGUCGCUGGACUCGUGUAUGAUGAAGCGGGUGGUGACCCAUCACAGAAACCAAAUGAAUUUCUUUGAAUCAUGAUGCAAGUUUAGAUUUGGACAUUGGUACCUAGUUAUGUGUACUCUGCAACAGGAAUGGAAGAAUAGAAAUAGCUGGCACUGAUUGUAUGAAAGUUUGAUCAUUGAGUUGCACUUU